AUGGACUCUGUGGACAACAACUUGAUUCUCAGUCUUGCAGCUCGUCUCCGGCACCGGGUGGAAGAGGUCGAGCGGGCCUACAUCUCUGCGGCGCGAAAUAUUCGCACCGUCUUGCGGCGACAGAGUAUCAACACUAGCCAUCCUACGCCAGAUCGCCCAGUAUGCAAGUUCGUCGGCGAAGAACAACUCUUCAAAUGCCUAGGCAUAUUUUCAGUAGCGGACGCUCUUUUCACCUUGGCCCGAAUAUACGAUGAAGCUCACGUGGCCCUGUGCAAAGCGAUCGCCGCGGCACGAAGAGGCAGAAUUCACAAUGAAGGCUUUAGGCGCGACCCAUACAUCGAUCUCCGAGUACUAACAGAUCAACUCCAUGAAGCCGACAAGGCUGUUGAAGGCCAAAUCGUACUGCACACAUCCCUUGGCAAUGAUUCCCGACUUACUGCUACAUUUCAGCCUCUCGAGCCCAUGUCUUUUGACAACCUUCAGAGGCUAUCAUCACUCGCUGAUUUAUUACCAGGAGAGACAACUUUCAGUUUGAACUAUGCCGGAAUCGGAAGUGGAGGAGGAUCUGAUAUCAUUAGCGCUAGCCUGUUAGGCCACCUGUUGCGAACAUUCUCCAAGACGAUGAGCCUCCUGAUCUCUACACGCCCUUUGGCAAUAGGUUCGCGGGACGAAAAGAGCUCUAAGCUUAUGAUUAAACGUGAAGUAUAUAACCAUGGAGGGCAUGCUACAACAUACGGGAGACCCGUUCCAGGAACCUUUCGAAUCACGGAAUAUACUUCGGCAGAAGGCUGCAACCUCGAAACCAUUCCACUCCCCUACUAUGCUCAGAUAUUCAUGGUACUCGACCAAGACAGGUCCAGGUUGGAGAUUCCUGAUGACGACAAGGCGGAUCUAACGGAUCAAUUCUACGCCGUGCUCAAUCAAUCGAUGGACCCCAUCAACACGGUUCUUAUCGUCGACACAGGUGGAGGCGUAUUUGGUGCCGCGACAAAUGGUGGUGGAACAACACCACGUCAAGGUUUUCGGGUUCAGAAAGCCAUAAGUCCAUUGUCUCCCGAAUAUAAUCUCGUCACUGCUGUGAUGGCCCCAGGACUCGAUGCUCCACAUGACGCUCCAGAGACGGCUCUCAAAGCUGGCGGCGUCGUCUAUAGGCCGACGGGAGAUGAGAAAAGGAUGCUUCUCGAUGUCUUGGCCAACAGGUAUAAGAUGGACGGCUCGGACCCAAGCAGGAUUAGCAAGGCUAUGUUAGCGUUACGGGCGCGACUACGCGGAGUUGUUGGCUGGACCUCGUUGGAUCUUCCGGCCGCCAUUGUUGAUACGUGGGACAAUCCUUGGAGUAGCUUUGUCUACAUUCGAGAGUGUUUAAGCGAUAUCAUCUUUAUGCCAACGACAAAAUUGCUGCCUCUCAUUGAGCCAUUAGAUGGAGAAGGAACCAACUUGUCGCCUGUCGUUGAACCAUUGGAGGGGAAAAAGUAUAGCAGUAUGGUCUGGAGAAGACAGCCAAGAGGGUUCCUGGAUCUGUGGAUUGCUAUUGAAAGCAAGGGAAUAAGCUAGAGGGCAGAAAGAAGGAUAUUCACUGUCGAAGAAAGUAUCGUACACAUGGGAGCGCCAUCCAGACGAGGCUGCG